AUGGCCAAUGAGAACUACACAAGGGUCACUGAGUUCAUUUUCACAGGUUUGAAUUACAACCCUCAGUUGCAGGUGUUCCUCUUCCUGUUCUUUCUGAGUUUCUACAUUAUCAACUUAACAGGAAAUUUAGGGAUGAUUAUUCUGAUAUGUAUCAGUUCCCGCCUUCACACGCCUAUGUACUUUUUCCUCAGCCACUUGUCCUUUGUGGACAUGUGCUUGUCCUCAGUUGUGAGCCCCAAGAUGCUCACUGACUUCUUUCUGCAGAGGAAAGUCAUCUCUUUCUUGGGCUGUGCUUUGCAGCAGUGGUUCUUUGCAUUCUUUGUGGCAGCAGAGUGUCUUCUUUUGGCAUCCAUGGCCUAUGACCGCUCUGUAGCCAUCUGUAACCCACUACUGUACUCAGUUGCCAUGUCCCAGAGGCUCUGUAUCCAGCUGGUGGCUGGCCCCUAUGUCAUUGGCUUCAUGAACACCAUGACUCAUACAACAAACACAUUUCGCCUCCCUUUUUGUGGCCCCAAUGUCAUCAAUCACUUCUUCUGUGAUGUGUUCCCUCUGUUUUCCCUUGUAUGUGCUGAUACAGGACUCAUUAAGUUGGUGGUUUUCAUCGUGGCAGGAGCUGUGGGAGUCUUCAGUGGUCUGACCAUUAUGAUCUCCUACAUUUACAUCCUCACUGCCAUCCUGAGGAUCCACUCAGCUGAUGGGAGGUGCAAAGCCUUUUCUACCUGCUCCUCCCACCUGACAGCCGUCUCCAUCAUGUUUGGUACCCUGUUCUUUAUUUAUGUACGACCAAGUGCCAGUUUCUCCCUGGAUCUCAAUAAAGCAGUGUCUGUGUUUUACACAGCAGUCAUCCCUAUGUUGAACCCACUUAUCUACAGCUUGAGGAACAAGGAGGUCAAAGAUGCCCUCCACAGGAUUCUCCCUAGGAAGAUGACUUGUUGGGCCUGAAUUCUUUUCUGGAAAGCAUUUGGGGGAGAAAUCUCAAUGGAAAGACUGAUUGUGUGACUUCUAAGGCUACUUGCAAGUGCUUGGAGGCUGGAUGACACUCCUUUAUGCAUUCAUCUAUCCAGUUGUUUGUUCAUUUAGUCAGUUUGUAUAGAUUUAUUAAAUCCUGUAAGUGAUUUUUCUCUGUACUAUACCAAUAUUGUAUUUGGAACCCACAGUCCAUUUAAUUUUGUUUCUCUUGUACACAUCACAGUCUAAUUAUUUUCACAAAAGCUUUAUUUUAUUUCUGCCAUUAAUUUUCUAUCAUUCUUCUUAUAUGUUUUAUCUUUCUGCUUACCCCUUGGGAUUAGAAUUUUAAAACACAGUACUGUAGCUUUUGCACUCUCAUCUAGGUCCCACUAAUGAGGAUUUGUAAAAUAAAAGUGAUGUGAGAUCUCAUGUUUAAGCUUAUGAAUGGAAAGAAAUCCUGGGCUGUCAACAUUGAUUUUUGGGGUGCCCUUUACACAAAGAAGUACACAUAUCUGGGGGAAUGAAGAUGGAGUUGUGUUGAACUCCGACAGAUCAGGUGGUCCACAGUGUCUGUUUAUAGUGGUAAAGAGACCUGUGCUCAUGUUAAUGCAUUUUAUACCUGGCAUAGCUAAAGGAGUUUAUCAUCCCCUAGCCCU